AUGUCAGGGCUGAUGACUCUCGCUUUUCUUGCAGUCACUGCUGCAGGUGUCUCCAGCAGUGAGAUGUCAGACUGCUCGUACUUGAGCCUCCUGACACACUUGAACCUGAUUCAAACAGACUCCCCUCUGUCAAUAAUGAGACCCGUGAAAAACUGGACUACAACAACUGUUGUUUCCCUGGACAUGGUGCUGUAUGGUAUUCUAGAAGUGGAUGAAAAGUCUCAAACUGUCACGACUCACGUCCAGACACAAAUGAUGUGGCGAAAUGAAUUCCUGAGGUGGAAUUCUUCAAACUUCUGUGGAAUUGAAAUGUUGACGGUUCCUAGGAAAAUGCUCUGGGUCCCAGAUGUAUCCAUUCAAGAGGACACUUCUGACACUGGGAGCAUUCAGAACAGUCCUCUGGUCACUCUGACAACUGAUGGGUGGGUGUUCGCAGGUGGACGCCAGCGGCUGACGACCACCUGUCAGUUCAGGCUGUACCUCUUCCCAUUUGACACGCAGAGUUGUAACAUUUCAUUUGGAUCCAUGAACUACAACGCGGAAUCUAUGACACUGAGAACACUCAACAGUGAAGAAACUCUUUCAUUAUUCUCUGAGCUGAUUAUGAUCACCCAGGGAGAAUGGGAACUUUUAAACAUGAAAGUUACUUAUUAUUUUACUGAAUCAAAAAAUCUAUCUCAGAGCAAGCUCAUAUACACGGUCAUCAUCAUGAGGAAGCCAAUGCUUUAUGUGAUAAAUUUAAUCGUGCCCCUGUUUUACUUCCUGAUCCUGGAUCUGGCGUCAUUUUUCAUCAGGGGUGAAAAACUGAGCUUCAAAGUGACUGUGCUCCUGUCAAUCUCCGUCCUCCUGCUCAUUCUUCAGGAUAUGCUGCCGUCCACAGAAGCCAAGCUGCCGUUGAUGGCCAGCUUCUGUGUGUGGGUUUUCACACUGGUGUGGCUGAGCAUCCUGGAGGCCAUGCUGAUAGACUUUCUGUUGGGGCUCGAUGGUUGCUGUGGAAACAAUGCUCAAAACGCGGUUAAUAACCAGGAAGUGGAAAUUCAGCUGGAAGGCAACUCUCACAAAGACCCCUCUGCAGCUGAAGAGCGAGGUCAGCUGGGUCCAGUGAUGAAGCCCAGUGAGGGUGAGCUGCUGAUGCUCAUCCUGGAGGAAGUGAAGGUCGCUCGAAUGGAAACCGAACGACAUGUCAAAGACGACAGGAAGCCUGGACGCUACACAAGACUGGCUCAAAUCAUAGACUCUGUGUACUUUGUCCUCUAUUUUCUCAAUGUUGUAUCAUAUUUGGUAUACCUGAAUACGGCGUGGCUUGGAAGCUAUGUAUCAAAUAAGAAAGAAUAG